AUGGGUUUUAUAAACCGGUUGAGUGUUUUGAACGACGUCGAUAUUUCCCAGCGUGAUAGGCAAAUCGGCCAUGCUGAGGAUUGUACGCAACCCCAGUUAUUGCUGAUGCGCAGCAUCGAAAAGCAAUCACAUUUGCGAGAGUCUUUUGUGGUAGAAAGGGUUGGUUGUCGCUUUGGGCUCAGUACACCUGUGUGUUUGGAAUCCGGUGAAGUCCUGAUCGGCUAG